AUGGAAGAAGGCUUACAGUUUCUGCUUAGCAAUGAUUAUGUGAAGACUCGGAAAAUGGAUUCUGCAGAAGAAUACGCUACGAGAGACAAGCAAGAACGCAAGGGAUAUAAUGUCUUCUGUUACGGGACAUAUUGGACAAAGUCAGAAUCUUUCAUCCGAGAAGGGCAAAGUAACAGGGUCUGUGAAUGGGACAUUGUUUUUCUUGUUUUUGGACUUACUGUUGUGAGUUAUGUUCAGUCAGCUCACCCAGCACAACCCUUUGUCUCAAUUGAGAAUGUUUCUCAGCUCCACAAUGUGUGUUUCACUCACACAAGGGUCCAGACAGUUGUGAAAUUGAGCCUUGGAUCUGAAUAA